CAAUGAUUCGGGCGGUAAUUUUGCUAGGUGGUCCUAGUAGAAAAGCAAGUUAUGGGACAUAUGAAUAGGCAUCUCCUUUAUUUCCGGUUAGUGGAGUGGAAAUAAUCGGUCAUCUCCUAAAUGCAAUCCAGAAAUUACCCAAUUUGAAAGAUUUUGUUCUAAUGGGUUAUUAUGAUAAGAAGUGUUUCUAAUACUUUUAAGAGAAGUACUAGAAAUUAUAUGGCAAAAAUAUACGUUACAUAUAAGAGGAGAGUGAAAUGGGGACAGCAGGUGGAGUAGCAUAAAAUUUGGAAGAAUUGUUUGAAGAAGUCGAAGGUAUAUGAUAAACAUAAUAACACAAGACCUUUUGGUAGUGCAUUCAGAUAUUUGUUGUGAUUUGCAAGCCCAGAAAUUCUAUGAGUACCAUAAGAAGUAAAUUAUAUUGAAUAGCAUCAUUAGUAAAUCUGGUGUUUGCAGUAUAAUGACAGUUCGCGUAUCGAAGGAUGAGUCCACUCGUUAUGGGUGUUUGAUAAAGGAUUCUAAGACAGAUCAAUUGAUACAUCAUGCAGAGAAACCAGAAUAAUACAUUUCAAAUUUGGUAAAUUGUGGAGUAUACAUCUUCAAUUAAACUUUCAAAACCACAAUCUUGAAUGUGAAGGCUAAAAAAGAAGCCAAUUUAAGUGAAGAACUUUAACAUCAACCUUAUGUUAAGUACAUAAAAAGAAGUACAGAUUUGGAUAAGUUGUACUUGUCUUUGGAAAAUGAUGUACUAAAAUAGGCAGAGAGAGACAAAGUUUAUGUAUAUGAACACUAAGGUUUUUGGCAAUCAAUAAAAUCAACAAGCGAUCUUUUGAAUGCAAAUCGACUUCUACUUCAAUAUUAUGGACAAAAUCCUUUCAUAUUCCAAAGUCCUGAUUUUGAAAUCAAAAGUGAUGGAGUAUUGAUUCACAAGAGUGCAAAAAUUCAUCCAUCUGCAAAGUUAGGUAGCAACGUAGUUAUAGGUGCUGGUUGUGAAAUUGGAGAGGGAGUUCGCAUAAAGAACUCAAUUCUAUUAGAUGGCGUAGAAGUCAAAGUAAAAUAUUAUUGUAAAUUAUAGAAUUUCUCAUUUAUUUCAAAUUCAAUAAUCUGCUACAAUUCAAUUCUAGGUUAUUGGUGUAGGAUUGAGGGAGAUGUUCAAUUCCUAGGGCCAUGGGUAAUAGUUGACAAUGAAUUAUAUUUAAGGAAUGUAGUAUGUCUUCAAAACUGCAGAGUGUCUAAAAGUUAAGAUGGAGGUUGUUUGAUGUGA